AUGGUCACACCUCCGUCACCUCAGGAGCUCCCCAGCCUGCCUCUCACUAGCCCCAGCCUGCUUCUCACCAGCCCCAGCCUGCCUUCCACCAUCCCCAGCCUGCCUUCCACCAGCCCUAGCCCUGCCUUCCACCAUCCCCAGCCUGCCUUCCACCAGCCCCAGCCCUGCCUUCCACCAUCCCCAGCCUGCCUUCCACCAGCCCCAGCCCUGCCUUCCACCAUCCCCAGCCUGCCUUCCACCAGCCCCAGCCUGCCUUCCACCAUCCCCAGCCUGCCUCCCACCAGCCCCAGCCUGCCUUCCACCAACCCCAGCCUGCCUUCCACUAGCCCCAGCCCUGCCUUUCACAAGCCCCAGCCCUGCCUCCCGCCAGCCCCUGCCCUGCUUCUCACCAGCCCCGGCCUGCCUCCCACCAGCCCCAGCCUGCCUCUCACCAGCCCCAGCCUGCCUCCCACCAGCCCCAGCCCUGCUUCUCACCAGCCCCAGCCUGCCUCCCACCAGCCCCAGCCCUGCUUCUCACCAGCCCCAGCCCUGCUUCUCACCAGCCCCAGCCCUGCUUCUCACCAGCCCCAGCCCUGCUUCUCACCAGCCCCAGCCCUGCUUCUCACCAGCCCCAGCCUGUCUCUCACCAGCCCCAGCCUGCCUCCCACCAGCCCCAGCCUGCCUUCCACCAGCCCCAGCCUGCCUCCCACCAGCCCCAGCCUGCCUCUCACCAGCCCCAGCCCUGCCUCCCACCAGCCCCAGCCUGCCUCCCACCAGCCCCAGCCUGCCUCCCACCAGCCCCAGCCUGCCUCCCACCAAGCCCUAGCCCUGCCUCUCACCAGCCCCAGCCUGCCUUCCACCAGCCCCAGCCUGCUUCCCACCAGCCCCAGACCUGCCUCUCACCAGCCCCAGCCUGCCUCCCACCAGCCCUACCCCAGCCUGCCUCUCACCAGCCCCAGCCUGCCUCCCACCAGCCCCAGCCCUGCUUCUCACCAGCCCCAGCCUGCCUCCCACCAGCCCCAGCCCUGCUUCUCACCAGCCCCAGCCCUGCUUCUCACCAGCCCUAGCCCUGCUUCUCACCAGCCCCAGCCUGUCUCUCACCAGCCCCAGCCUGCCUCCCACCAGCCCCAGCCUGCCUUCCACCAGCCCCAGCCUGCCUCCCACCAGCCCCAGCCUGCCUCUCACCAGCCCCAGCCCUGCCUCCCACCAGCCCCAGCCUGCCUCCCACCAGCCCCAGCCUGCCUCCCACCAGCCCCAGCCUGCCUCCCACCAAGCCCUAGCCCUGCCUCUCACCAGCCCCAGCCUGCCUUCCACCAGCCCCAGCCUGCUUCCCACCAGCCCCAGACCUGCCUCUCACCAGCCCCAGCCUGCCUCCCACCAGCCCUAGCCCUGCUUCUCACCAGCCCCAGCCUGCCUUCCACCAUCCCCAGCCUGCCUUCCACCAGCCCUAGCCCUGCCUUCCACCAUCCCCAGCCUGUCUUCCACCAUCCCCAGCCUGCCUCUCACCAGCCUCAGCAUGCCUCUCACCAGCCCCAGCCUGCCUUCCACCAGCCCCAGCCUGCCUCCAUAGCCCUGCCUCUCACCAUCCCCAGCCUGCCUUCCACCAGCCCCAGCCUGCCUUCCACCAGCCCCAGCCUGCCUGUCACCAGCCCCAGCCUGCCUCUCACUAGCCCCAGCCCUGCCUCCCACCAGCCCCAGCCUGCCUCUCACCAGCCCCAGCCUGCCUUCCAGCAGCCCCAGCCUGCUUGUCACCAGCCCCAGCCUGCCAUCCACCAGCCCCAGCCUGCCUCCCACCAGGCCCAGCCUGCCUCUCACCAGCCCCAGCCUGCCUCGCACCAGCCCCAGCCUGCCUUCCACCAGCCCCAGCCUGCCUGUCACCAGCCCCAGCCUGCCUCUCACUAG